AUGUUGUCCAAUCCUCUCCACCGGUUCUCACCGUACCACGCCCUACCCUCGUCGGGUCUUCUGUCCAACCCCCAGGCUCAUAUUCAACACGCCAGCCUCGAGGGUCUGCCACAGGGGCCGCAUUAUGCCUUGCAGCACCUACAACAGCAUGUCGGAGCUCACAAUUCACACCUCCAGCGCUCUGGUCCACAGGGAAAGCACAGACAGCACCCAUAUAGAACAGGCGGUGGGAGAUCGGCAAGCGUCAGUGGCCCGGUGCGGCGGCGGAUAUCGCGAGCCUGUGAUCAGUGCAACCAACUUCGGACAAAGUGCGACGGACAGCAUCCUUGUGCUCACUGCAUAGCAGAAUUUGGUCUCGGAUGCGAGUACCAGAGGGAGAGGAAGAAAAGAGGCAAGGCAUCUCGGAAAGACCUCGCCCAGCAGGCUGCUGCUCGAGCUGCGGCUGCGCAAGGGGAUCGCAAGUCCUCGAGUCCUGGACCAGAGACCAGCAAGCCCAACGAUCGUCCAGAGGUCAAGACCGCCUCUUCAGCUGUCGCAAAUGAGAGACGAGCAAGCGAGACAAGAGGCGAGGACGGCCUGCAAGAUGGAGAGCGCUCAUCAAGUAUGGACAGCGCACCAGAACUGGCCACGCAUGCAACACAGAUGGCCGGUCAUCCUGGCAUCCUGGACGGCAAUGAGCUCGAUGAGCAGGCGACAUUCGACCCGAAUAACUACGCCGGUGUCCAUCACGCAUACGACGGCCAGGCCAUGGAGGCACACAUGAUGAACCCAGGAGGCCAUCAUGUCUAUGGUCCGAACCAAAGUGCAAUGCCAACUUAUCCCGAUUUGGCGUAUGGAAUGCAACCACCGCCAGCAUCAGGCUUCACACCAAGCCCGAGUACCUUUCGAAUGACAACGAGUCCCCUGAGUGCCUACCCCAUCGCUGGGGAUGGUGCCUCUCCUGGCUGGAUGAACAUACCCUCUCCACCUCGACAAUACGCUACACAUAUCCCAGCGCCCAACUUCCAUAAUUCACAACUACGAUAUCCCGUCUUGGAACCUUUGGUUCCCCACUUGGGAAAUAUUCUGCCGUUGCCGCUUGCCUGCGAUCUGAUCGACGUUUAUUUCUCGAGUUCCUCCUCCGCGCAGAUGCACCCCAUGUCGCCCUACGUUCUAGGCUGUGUCUUUCGCAAGCGCUCCUUUUUACACCCCUCCAGACCGCGGAGAUGCCAGCCUGCACUACUGGCAAGCAUGCUCUGGGUAGCGGCCCAGACUAGUGAUGCCUCCCUGCUGACUAGCAUUCCUUCUGCACGGGGCAAGAUCUGCCAGAAGUUGCUGGAGUUGACCGUCAACCUCCUCAGGCCACUGAUUCACACACCUGCAGAAGAUGCAUCAGCCAUCUCUAGCCCGGGAGCCAUCGACGGUGUUGCGCUCGGCGGCCUGGGCGUCGCGCUGCCCGGCACGAUCACCCUGGAGGCACUGACCAGUGAGACGGGUCCGUUCGGUGCCGCAGGUACCGUAGACGACGUAGUCACAUACAUUCAUCUGGCGACAGUGGUUUCGGCAAGUGAAUACAAAGGAGCCAGUCUUCGUUGGUGGAAUGCUGCAUGGUCUCUGGCGCGUGAACUCAGGCUCGGCAGAGAGCUGCCACGAUCCAUGAGCGCGCCCGAUCCAGAGAGCGAGGGUGCCGAUGGCCAGCCCGACAUCCCGGGGCUUGUGACCGAGGAAGAGCGUGAAGAGAGGCGGAGGGUCUGGUGGCUCGUCUACAUUGUAGAUCGCCACCUGGCGCUCUGCUAUAACCGCCCGCUGUUCCUGCUCGACAUUGAGUGCGAUGGGCUUCUGCAGCCAUUGGACGACACGGCCUACCAAAACGCCGAGUUCAACCCGCAGGCGCAGAUGACAGAUCCCAACGUGAUGGCCUCGGAUCCUUCUGCCCAGGCGCAAAGCCGGGCAAGAGGUCCUACGUUUGAGUGCAGUGGCCACAGCAUCUACGGCUACUUCUUACCGCUGAUGGCGAUCCUGGGUGAGAUUGUCGACCUCAACCAUGCACGCAACCAUCCCCGAUUCGGGGUCGGGUUCAGAUCCGCGCGAGAGUUCGAUGAGCAGGCGAUGGAGAUCCGACGGCAUCUGGAAAUCUAUGAAAAAAGCCUGAAGAAAUUUGCCCAGCGCAACCUGAGCGCAAAUAGUAACAAUAAUAACAGGCAGACAUCGGAGGACCAGGAAGACAGCAGCCUCAACAACGAGGGCCACGGCCCGACUGAUAUGGGCACGCCAUCAGUCCAGUCUGUCCACAGCGUCCUCACGAGCGUCAGCCGGCUGAGCGAGUCUGAAAUCCAGACGCGCAUUGUCAUGGCCUACGGCACGCAUGUCAUGCACGUGCUACACAUUCUCCUGACGGGCAAAUGGGAUCCUAUCAACCUCCUCGACGACAUUGACCUGUGGAUCAGCUCCCAGGGCUUUAUCACCGCCACUGGGCACGCCGUCUCCGCUGCAGAGGCCAUCGGCCACAUCCUCGAGUAUGACCCAGGCUUGGAAUUCAUGCCUUUCUUCUUCGGCAUCUAUCUUCUCCAGGGAUCCUUCUUGUUGUUGUUGAUCGCCGACAAGUUGCAGAGCGAGGCCUCCCCGAGUGUUGUCAAGGCUUGCGAGACCAUCAUUAGGGCUCACGAGGCUUGUGUAGUGACGCUCAAUACUGAGUAUCAGCGAAACUUCAGCAGGGUCAUGCGAAGUGCCCUCGCUCAAGUCCGCGGCCGCGUACCAGAGGACCUUGGCGAGCAACACCAGCGUCGUCGCGAGCUGCUUGCACUAUACCGAUGGACCGGCGACGGGACUGGCCUGGCUCUCUGA